AUGAGCCUUACGAAUGCACAAAAUUUUAACGCCAACAUCUGCAUCAGAGACAUCCUGUUAUCAUCAGAGACAUCUGCACUAGGAUUUAAAACCUGUAAAACUAGAUAUUCUUUUAUGCCUUGCGCAAAUGCGGAUGGUUCUUUAAAACUAAAGCUCAUCCUGGAGCGCCUUAUUUUCAAGCAAUGGUUUAAUGAAGAAUUUAUCCCAUCCGUAAGACAAUUAACUGCGGAACGAGACUUGACACCUUCAGCAUUUUUACUGCUUGAUAAUUGCACUGCGCACUAUGACUGUUAG